AUGGUCACUAGUAACGAUGUGGAACUGGGGGGCAGGGGGGCAGCGAUGGCGGGGCGCGGCGCGCGCUGGCGGCUGGCGGCGGCGCUGGCGGCGGGCGCGCUGCUGCUGUGGGCGUGGCGCGGGGGCGCGCGGCCGGCCGGCGCGCAGCUGCGGCGCCAGCUGGACGCGCCCGUGGAGGGCCGCGAGCUGCCGCUCAUCUUCAUCGGCGGGGUGCCGCGCUCCGGCACCACGCUCAUGCGCGCCAUGCUGGACGCGCACCCCGACGUGCGCUGCGGCCAGGAGACGCGCGUGGUGCCGCGCAUCCUGCAGAUGCGCCAGCACUGGAUGCGCUCGCCCAAGGAGAGCGUGCGCCUCGAGCAGGCGGGCGUGUCCAAGUCCGUGUUGGACAACGCCAUCGCCGCCUUCUGUCUCGAGGUGAUCGUGCGUCACGGCGACACCGCCGCGCGACUCUGUAACAAGGACCCGCUCGUACUCAAAAUGGGCACCUAUGUGCUGGAGUUGUUCCCCAACGCCAAGUUUCUGUUCAUGGCGCGAGACGGCCGCGCCACCGUGCACUCCAUUAUCACUCGUAAGGUGACCAUCACUGGGUUCGAUCUGACGAGCUAUCGGCAAUGCCUGACCAAAUGGAACCACGCGGUAGAGAUGAUGUAUCAACAGUGCAAAGCGAUGGGCACUGACAAGUGCUUGCUGGUGCGCUACGAGGCAUUGGUGCUGCGGCCGCGUGAGACGAUGCGCCAGGUGCUCGAAUUCUUGCAGCUGCCCUGGGACGAAGCCGUCCUGCACCACGAACGCUACAUCAAUCAGCCCAACGGCGUUGCGCUUUCCAACGUGGAGCGCUCGUCGGACCAGGUGGUGCGGCCCGUGAACCUGGACGCGCUGGACAAGUGGGUGGGGCAGAUCCCGGCCGACGUGCGCGCCGACAUGGCGGAGCUGGCGCCCAUGCUGUCGGUGCUGGGCUACGACCCGUGGGCCAACCCGCCGCGCUACGAGGCCACGGCCGACGCGGCGCCCGCGCCCGCGCCCGACAAGCGCCCGCCCUAG